AUGGAACAACCAGAGAUGCCAUCGCCAGCCCAAAACGAUGCAGCCCGCGUCGAAAUACCAACAUCACCAGUUUCAGUUAAAACCUUACUUGAUCUGCCUCCUGAACUUAUCCUCCAAAUAAUAGAGUUCCUGCCAACGAUCUCAAUUGCCUCUUUUGCUCUCUGCAAUAAAAGAUCCGCCGCUCAAUUAGGUAGUAGGGCUUGGAAUCUGCUCUCCAACCUGGAAUCCGACGAUCGCAUUCACUUCCUCACCAUUCUAUCACGAGAUCUCCCUCGCCACCACGCAUGCCAUGGGAGUUUCCGUCUUCAUCUCAGCAGUUCUAUCCCACAGCCGGCAAACCUCAAUGCACCGCCCGAGCCUGAUUCCUGCAUCCCAGCGUAUGCCCGCAACAGCCACUUCAUAGAUGAUGGGUUCGUCCGUAUCCCGCUGUACUUUUCUCCUUACAAACUACGUUUCCACCACGUCCAAUUAGCACUUAAACAACACCAUUAUGGUUUUGGCCAUGGCAUCCCACUCAGUGACCUAUCGCACAACGACAUCACGCUCACCCGAAGAAGUGUGUGCCUCUUUUCAGUGGAUGCGCGAAUCGCGUCCAAUGAGCUGGUUAUGCGAUCUCAGGAAUGGGUUCUAUUGAGCCAGCGUCCAGUUGAGCACUUCUUGUCUGAAUCGCAGGGCUAUGGCGUUUGCCGGCAUAUGACGACUCGCAAUGAGGGCACCGAUCUUGAUGGUCGUCUCACUACAUUGAUUCGAUGUCAGCUCGGGCAUGGAGCCGCGGAUGAUGACUGUGCUUGCAUGGGAUUGCAUCGAUGUUUUUCCUGCCCGAUGGAAUAUCAGAUCGACGUUGUUGAUUUCAAAGAGCGAGGGACUGCUAUCUGCGCCACUAAAUGGUUGAAUCUUGGGGCAGGCCUAACCACUCGUGAUUCGAAUUGGCGGGGACACAAUCUUUUACCUCGCGGCUACGUUCCACAUAAUCUGCCUCUUGGAAGCAUUCGUUCAAGCUACGAGAGCCAGGAAGGAGCACCUAUUGAUGAAUUAACUGCCGAAAAUAAGAAGAGGCUGUUUUAUUUACCCAUGAUUGGACGCAAGGUGUAUAUGUCUAUGGGUUAUUGUGAUUGGAAGUUGGUUGGGCAAGACAUCUGGUACAGUCGACGUCCAGAAGUGUUGAAUAUUAUUCAAUCGCUUUGUUACCGAUUGCUUGACUUAGUUUCAAGGACCGUUUUGCAAUUCACAGAGGUUUUAUUUUAG